AUGGCCUCUCCAGUACCGGCUCCCGAAGACCAAAGCCGUCUCCUUGAGGAGGCAUUGGGAGUGGUACGGCAACAGUCGCAGAUGAUGCGAAAAUGUUUGGAAACGCCGGGGAAAUUAAUGGAUGCGCUCAAAUGCGGAUCAACCUUUGUCUCUGAGCUCCGGACCCCGAGCCUCGGUCCCAAGCAAUACUAUGAACUGUACAUGGCCGUCUUCGACGCUCUGCGACACCUCUCCGUCUACCUGAAAGAGAAUCAUCCGGUCAAUCAUCUGGCCGACCUCUACGAAUUGGUCCAGUAUGCCGGUAAUAUUAUCCCGCGCAUGUAUCUCAUGGUCACCGUGGGGACCGUGUACAUGUCUGUGGAAGAUGCUCCCGUCAAGGAGAUCAUGAAGGAUAUGAUGGAGAUGAGUCGCGGCGUGCAGCACCCCAUCCGCGGUCUGUUUCUGCGGUACUACCUCUCCGGCCAGGCAAGGGAUUAUUUACCGACGGGGUCAGGUGACGGCCCCGAGGGCAAUAUGCAGGACUCGAUCAAUUUCGUCCUGACCAAUUUCGUUGAGAUGAACAAACUGUGGGUGAGGCUACAACAUCAAGGCCCGUCCCGGGAGCGGGAGAAGAGGAUGCAGGAGCGCCGGGAGCUGGAGCUGUUGGUCGGUAGCAACGUGGUGCGGCUCAGCCAGCUAGUAGAUCUCGAGGGUUACAAGUCCGGGAUUCUACAGGCGCUGCUGGAGCAGGUUGUCCAAUGUCGCGAUGUCCUGGCGCAGGAAUAUUUACUCGAAGUGAUUACCAAGGUCUUUCCCGAUGAAUUCCACCUCCACACUCUGGAUCUCCUGCUUUCCGCCAUCGCUCGCCUCAAUCCGCACGUGGACCUGAAGAAGAUCGUCAUCGGACUAAUGGAUCGUCUGUCGGCAUAUGCAGCGCGCGAGACCGAUACGUCGGCUGAUCCGGAGUUAAGGCAGCGGACUGAAGAGGAGGCGGUGACAAAACUCCUCGAAGACGUCAAACUGGCCGAAGAACCCAAAAAGGAGCCCGUGGCGGAAAAUGCAGAGGGUGGCGCCGUCCAGGAGAAUGGCAUCGACCAAGAUUCGAAGAAGGAAGAACCUACUGAGACAACAGAAGGAGAGACUGCAGCGAAUGCGAACGGUGAUAGUGAUGCAAAGCCGGGCAUACCUGGAAGUGUCAAGCUAUAUACCAUAUUCUACGAGCAGGUCGUCCAUCUGAUCAAGUCCCGCGGACUUCCUAUUCAAGACACGAUGGCGUUACUCGUCUCGCUGGUCAACCUCGCGCUGAAUACUUACCCCGACCGACUGGAAUAUGUCGACCAGGUCCUUGACUUCGCCACCAAAGCGACUGCAGAGUAUACCGACCAUGCCGAUCUGCAUUCUGCACCGACCCAACAGAAUCUCCUACACCUUCUCGUUGCACCGCUCCGGUCGUACGUUUCAAUCUUCACUGCCUUGUCCCUACCUUACUACAUCCCGCUCUUGACCUCGCAGUCGUAUCCAACGAGGCGAUCUGUCGCCGGUGAAAUCGCCCGCAGCCUCCUCAAAAAUCACACGUUGAUCACCACCACGGAGAACCUUGACCGUGUUCUUCAAAUCUUACGAGUCUUGAUCAAGGAGGGUACCCAACAAGCGAUGGGAUACCCCGGUAUGCAAACACAGCGACGGGGCGAGACCGAUGAAACUAUUGAAGAGCAAGGAUGGCUCGCCAGAAUAGUGCACCUGAUCCAGGCGCCAGAAAACGAUACCCAACUAAAGCUCCUCCAAGCCACCCGCAAGGCCUAUGCCGACGGAAACGAACGGAUUCGAUACACCACGCCAGCUCUCGUUACUGCUUCAAUACGAUUGGCGCGUAAGCUCAAGGCCCGCGAGCAUUACGAUGACAACUGGCAGUCGCAGUCGUCGGCGCUUUACCGGUUCAUGCACCAAUGCAUCAACAACCUGUAUCAGCGCGUAAACCCAGGGUGUGCGGAUCUUUCACUACGGCUUUUUGUCAUGUGCGGCGAGGUGGCCGACCAAACCGGGUUUGAAGAGUUCAGCUACGAGUUCUUUGCACAGGCAUUUACCAUCUACGAAGACUCCAUCAGUGACUCGCGGGCCCAGUUCCAGGCCGUCUGCAUCAUUGCGGGAGCCCUUCACGGGUCCCGGGGAUUCUCCAAGGAGAACUACGACACACUCAUCACCAAGGCGGCGCUGCACGGCAGCAAGUUACUCAAGAAACCCGACCAGUGCCGUGCGGUAUACCUCGCCAGCCACCUUUGGUGGGUGGUUGAGAACCCUCAAAGAGGGGAGGAAGACGCGAAGAACCUCUACCGCGACGGUAAGCGCGUCCUCGAGUGUCUCCAACGCGCUCUCCGCGUCGCCGACGCUUGCAUGGACACGGCAGUAUCCGUCGAACUCUUCGUCGAGAUCCUCAACCGCUACGUCUACUACUUCGACCAACAGAACGAGACCGUUACCACCAAGUACCUCAAUGGUCUCAUCGAGCUCAUCCACUCCAACCUGCAGACCAACGAAGACGAACCCAAUUCCAACCUGGAAGCUCCCAAGCGUCACUUCGAGCGUACAUUAGAAUACAUCCGAUCGAGAGAGUAUGAAGGCGUUGUAACGGAUGCUCGACAGUGA